CGCCCAUGCGGUGAGGUGUGUGCCAGAGAAUGAAACGUACCCGUGGCCAGUGGGACUAAGGGCGGCGCUAGUGGUGUCCGAGCAGCAGCAGCAGCAGCAGCAGCAGGGCCUCCGCCUUUGUGCUCGCAACAGACAGAAGAUGGCUCCCGUUUUGGACAAGCAACUCCUGGACGUAACCGGGGCGGGCGACAACAACAACGAGGAGGAGGAAGGACUUGACCUCUGGACCUCGAUAUUAAGUGACGUUUCUACCCGUUCCAGUUCUAAAUUGCCUGCAGGAAAAAACAUUCUGGUAUUUGGGGAGGAUGGAUCAGGGAAAACUUCACUUCUGUCCAAGCUUCAUGGAGCCGAACACAACAAAAGAGGACGAGGACUGGAAUAUCAAUACCUAAAUGUCCAUGAUGAAGACCGGGAUGACAUUACACGAUGCAAUGUGUGGAUCCUGGACGGGGACCUGUACCACAAAGGCCUGCUCAAGUUUGCCGUCUCUGCUCAGUCCCUACCUGACUGCCUCGCUGUGUUUGUGGCGGACAUGUCGCGACCCUGGACCAUUAUGGAGUCUCUGCAGAAGUGGACUAGUGUUCUACGUGACCACGUGGACAAACUGAAGAUCCCUCCCGAGGACAUGAGAGAAAUGGAGCUGAAGAUGGUGAAAGCGUUCCAGGAGUACGCAGAACCAGAGGACGACGCCCCGGCCUCUCCGCAGAGACGGACCAUGACAGCAGGGGAGGAUGAGGCAGUUGUGCUACCACUUGGAGACAAUACACUCACACACAACCUGGGCAUUCCAGUGCUAAUAGUUUGCACAAAGUGCGACUCCAUCAGCGUAUUGGAAAAGGAACACGACUACAGAGAAGAGCACUUUGAUUUCAUCCAGUCCCACAUCAGGCGAUUUUGCUUACAAUAUGGAGCUGGCCUCAUCUACACCUCAGUAAAGGAGGAAAAGAAUCUGGAUCUACUUUACAAAUAUAUUGUACAUAAGUUGUAUGACUUCCAUUUUACCAAUCCAGCCCUAGUUGUGGAGAAGGAUGCAGUGUUCAUUCCAUCGGGAUGGGAUAAUGAGAAGAAAAUCUGCAUUUUGCACGAAAACAUUACAUCAGUCAGACCUGAAGAUCCAUUUGAAGAUUUUAUCACUAAACCUCCAAUACGAAAGCUGGUUCAUGACAAAGAAAUAAAUGCUGAAGAUGAGCAGGUCUUCCUGAUGAAGCAGCAGUCUUUGUUAGCCAAACAGCCAGCCACGCCAACGAGAGGAUCCACCGAGUCCCCUGGGCGGACAGCAUCAGGUUCUCCAAGGCCUGCGGGACGUGCUGGCCAGCCCAUCCUGACCAGCGGCUCUCCCAUGGCUGCUGUCAAAAAGCCUGAUGCCAACAUGAAAGCAGGGGCUGCCAAUGAGGGUGUGCUGGCCAACUUCUUCAACAGUCUAUUGAGUAAAAAGACCGGUUCACCGGGAAGCCCUGGAAGUGGAGCUGUUGGAGCGGGAGUGCAAGGCUCUGCAAAGAAAACAGGACAGAAGCCGGGUUUGACUGACGUCCAGGCCGAGUUGGACCGAAUGACUCGCAAACAGGACCCCAUGGUUUCAGCUAACAACAUACCGCCGCAGACCGAGAAGGAAGCGUGAAGGCCGCACAAAAGAAGAACUGCAUCGUCCACUGUGUUUAAUAAUGGAAAUAUACAUUUACACGUGAGCAUAAUUGUUUGACCAAACCCCCAUGUCACUCAGCACACACAGCAGGUUUCACCAAAAUCAGUAUGAGGAUGUUUUGCUGUUCUGGAGAGAACGAGAGAGAUUGUAAAGAAUGUGUUAAUAUGAUAGUGCUGAAGAUCUGGCUCUUUGGAAGUCUUCUCUUCCACUUUCAAUGUUAUUUGCCGAGGUUGUCAGUGUGUGGAAACGUGCACACUCGCGCUGGCAGCCAGCUUGAUGCACUGGUUUUGCAGGCCUCCCAGUGGUUGAGGUAUAUCCAUAGAAAAAAAGAAAAAAACACUCCAUAGUGAGUUUAUGAGUGGAAACAUGGGUUUUUGGAGUGGAAACCUGAGUUUUUGGAGUGGAAACAAAGCGGCCUCCAGUCCAGUUUAUCUUGUAGAAAAAUAAGAUUGGGAUUAGAAAGUUAUUUAAACUUUUAAUUGUAUUCAUGGAACAUCAUUAGGAUUUUUGCAAACAAAUUUUGUUUGUAAAAAAAGAAAAAAAUGUUGGAAUUAAUGCCGUAGUAUUUAUACAAAGUUCCUCCUUUUUUUAUUUUACUUUUUUUGCACCCUUUGUUUUAGUUGAAAACCAAGAUGAUCUAUACAAAACACGUUCAUAAAUGUGUCAACAUUCGGAUAGCAUCUCAUAAUGGCCCCAGUCAUCUGGGAGGAUUCUGUAAAUAUACAUUCAACAAUCUCUUCAGGUUUGAAUUUUGUGUACAAGUGUGUUGCAAAUUGUUUGACUAACAAAGUUGGCAUUUGACCAGCUUUGAGGUUCCAGCAGAAUCUCGUCUUUAGCUACAGGUGUGUAUAUUUUGGGAAGGGGGGGGUUGGGCACCAUCUUUCCUACUAUAACUCCCGAAAGUGCCUCACACACACACACACAGCUGUUCCCGCAACAGCCGUCGCUUUUCUACAUGAGGAAAAACAAAAAAACACUGUAGCUAGCGCCAUGGGUUGAAAAGAGCAGUCCAUUUCUUGUCAUCCAAAUAAUUUAUUUCUAUUUGUGUUCAUGUAGCCUGUGGUUGCUGUUUUUUUGUUUUGUUUUGUUUUUUUCUGGAAAAAAAGAUGCCUCGUUUAAUACAGAAAUACUGUAGAUGUAAUUAUGCCUUCAUCCAAACUCUUAACGGGGGAAGAUAAACAGUUUGGUGGUGCGAACCACUCGCUUCAAAGCCAAAACACUGUUUUUCUGUGGUCUGAACAGUGUCAAACAUCAUCCUGGUCCUGCUUUACUGUUCACCUCCUUCUUUUGCUUCUUAGAAAACAUUCCGAUUCUGCUAAAGGACUUGCUUCCAUGUGGGAAACUUGUUUGGCUCGUCAGGGCUUUUUUUGGUGAGUCUUUAAACUGACUUUUGCCUUCAAAAUACAACCAAUUAGGAUCAUCACACCAGGCACACUUUGUUAUCUUUUAACUCAGACGAUAUGUAACGGUUGGUGGAAAAACACAAUUUUUUCCCCACACAUAAGCAGAAAAAAAGGACACACAAUAUAAAUUGGACAUGUGUUUUUUUUUCUAACUGUAGUCCCCGAUAGUGUACAUAUUUUCCUAUUCCUCAGACCUUCUAAUUUACACGAUGGGGAAAAGUUUAUCCCACUUGGCUGUGUUUUCUUGGUUUCGGUAAGGAAAGCCAAACUGACCACUUCCCAAGCAUUUAUAUUUUUAAGGAGUAACCACAACACUGUAUUGCUGUUCAGAUGACUUCAUUUGUUGUGAGAACUGCACACUAAUUACUUUCAGUUAAAAUGUUGUUUUUUUUUGUAACUGUGUGGCCUAUGCAGUAGAUCAGGGGUUUCCAAAGUGUGGCUCAGGGGACCAUUUUCUGCACCUUUUUAUUGGUCCUCCACAUUUAAAAAUAUAUAUAUAUAUUAGUAGAUACUUGGCUAAAAGGGGUGUGAAUCUGUGAGCACCCAACUAUUUCAUUCGAUUCCGAUUCCUGGGGUGAAAAAUUCAUUCUCGAUUCAAAGCAAUUCUCGCAAUGUUGCUUUAAUAAUAACAAACUAUUUUAAAACAGGUUAGAGAUAUGGUCUAAAACAUUUUUAAAAAUCUACUCAUUAAAAACAUAAUUAUAUACAUAUACGUUCGGUUAGGAAAAUAACACAGGCUAUUUUGAAGGUUUCCCUGCUCCCCUGAAGAGCAGAGAAAACUGUGAAACAGGCUUGUAGGGAUGAAAUAGCCUCUGUGUUUUUUCCUGACCUAAUGUAUAUUGCGCACUAUACGUAUAAUGGAUAAACCAUAGAAACCUCGACUACAUUAUAUAUAUAUUUAUUUUAAUCGAUUUUUGAAAAUUAAAAACCAAUAUCGCAAUCCGUAUGUGAAUCAUUUUGUAUGCGCGCAAAUAAUUACUGAUAAGGGUGUGAAUAUUUAAACACAUAACGUGUGAUCCGAUUUGAUCCCUGGGGUGUCGAUUGGAUUCAAAAUCUAUUUUCAAUUCAAACAGAUUCUUGCAAUGUAUUUGGGCUAAUAAUUAUAAUGAAACUUUUUCAAAUCCGGUUACAGGUUUCCAAAUCUUCUAAAUUCAUAGAGAUAGUCUAUGAAAACAUUUUUUAAUUGAUUCUUUUAUAAAAAAAAAGUUUUUUUGUUUAUGUCCAAUUUCUUAAAUUGUGAUUCGACUUUUCGUCGGGAUUAAUAAUAAUCGAAAAAAAUAUUUUUGGAGAAUACACUAAUAGGGGAGUGAAUCUUUAGGCACCUAACUAUUCAAUCUGACUCCUGGGGCGACUAUUUGAUUUUGCAUUUAUCCUGGAUUGAACACGAUUCUUUAUUCAAACCGAUUCUUGUCAUGUAUUUGGUACAAUAAUGGCUAUCAGUAAAAAAAAAGUCAGACUGGACUUGGGGACGGGGGUAAAAAAAAAAACUCCAUAGUCGUAAAAACACAUAAACAUGUUACACAGAAACCACAAAACUUGCAACAAAAAAAGAGGGGGGUGCCCCAAGCUAUACACAAAUAAUUGGAUUUGUCAACUAUAGCGCAAAAGCUAAGGUGAGGAUUGUAUCAAUUUGAGCGUCUAAAAUGGUCCCCUGCAUCCUGCAAUGCUUCUGGUUGGAAUCCCUCGGUGAGAAACAUUUAGACCCCCCCGGCAGUAGAUAAAGCACACCUCCACAACAUAUUGAAAUCAGCACUUUUCCUCGGACCCCUUCCAUCACUUCCCAGUUAAAGACACACAAUGCCUACUCCUUGCCUUUUGGUGCACACGUCAAGCAGCAUUAUUUAUCUGCUUUUGCUGCUUAUGGCUUCUUUUUUCUUACUUUCAACCAGUUCUUUAGAUUUGGUGCAAUGAGUUUUUUUGAACAUCUUAUCAUAUACACCAAAUUUUAAUUUUUGCCCAAGAAACUUCUCCUUGUUUCCAUUUUUUUUUUCCACUACCGUCUAGCCAAUUUUCUGACAAACAUUCAAACGUCACUCCAAUCUUCCUCGUCCCAAUUGAUAUUAGGAAAGUGCUCUCCUGCUGCUUGGUUCCAUAAUUGCACGUAUUUUUGAUGACUGGAUGUCUUUCCCGAUAUUGAGCUGACGCCAAUGUAACUUUUGUACCCCGGCGUCAGUUGGACUUAAACGAAUUGCCUUUGACCACUAAUGGCGGUCCUCAUCUGUGUGAGACGACAAGCUUCUGCUUCCACUUCUUUUUGUAUUCAGGAUAUUAUGGAGAAAAAAAAAUGGCUGCUUUCUGUGUACUGAAAUAAUUCAGUGAUUGUAUGACUUUAACACAACUGUGUAGCCUCUGAGCGGCCAUGUGGAUUCUAUAGCUUAUGCACCGACAACGAUGAGGACAAUGCUUAUCAAACCCCCCCGGCUUCAAUAAAACAAAGAAUCCUAA